GGAUGUAAAUCACACCAGAUGAGCUGGUCAGCAGUUUUGAGGCUGGUCUCCUACUUCCUUCCUACCUGCUGAGCUGAACUCCCAGUGACCGCUUUAAAGACGCCGAGGGGUGGACAGUGAGCUUUCACUGCCAGGGCUUCUUCUUACAGGGUGUUGAUGGAGAGGAUUUCGAAUGACAGCCGGAACAGUGGUCAUCUCAGGAGGAAUCAUAGCAGCCGUCAUCCUACUGACGAUCGUUACAGUGCUGUGCUGCUGUAGGUUGCAGUAUUACUGCUGUAGGAGAGACGGGUCAGAGGGGGAGGAGGAGGAGCCUGACCUCACCAAAGCAUCUCCCAGUCCACCUCAUGAAGCAAGCUCAAGCCCUCAGAGUACUCACAGCCCUCCCAGCCUGCUGGGCUUCCACCCUCCUCCAGAGUACUCGUCCUCCAACCAGCUGCUCAUGACCGCCGAGCCUUACGAGCCCAAUGGACCCUCCACCUACAACCGUUACAGCCCCGCCCUCCCCCGCAAACCCAUCCGCUCCUACACCUUCUGCCCCUCCUGCUCCGGCUACCUGCCCUUCUACCUGAACCCUCAGGAGGGGCUGCGGAACGGCGGGGGGCGGAUCAGCUACAAGACUUUACAGCAGCAGGAGCUGGACCUGCCUGUGGUGCCUGUGGACAUACCUAACUACAACAAGCUCAACCUCAUCCGCUCCGUCACCAUGAGGGAGGUGGUGACCCACCACAGUGUCAGCACUGACGUGUAGGACCACCAGCUCGAGCCAAGGGACAGGCAACUGGACGAAACUUAAUGAGGCACCAACCCAUACAACACUGGGAUGCCUAGUAGAUUACUACUAAAAAAAAGACUAAAAAUGAUAGAUGUGUAUCAUGAGCUACACCAUGUGGACAAAAGUAUUGGGACACCCGUUUGAUCAUUGCUUCUUCUGAAAAAAUGGGUAUUAAAAUUGUUUUUGUUGGAGUUACCGUCUCUCUACUGGUCUAGAGAAGGUUUUCUUCUAGAUUGUGGAUCAUAUGAGGUUUUAUUGAUAAGUUAUGACAGAGAUGAGACCUUUCAAACCUUCUUUUGGCUUAAUUCAAACUUUUACUGCUCCACAACACAGUUCUAGGAGGCUUUACGAGCCUCCAGCUCAUGCCGAGCAUUAGUGAUGGUGCCAAUAGGUUCAGGAUUAUGUUACGGUAAUCAGCUCCAGAGAGUCCUAUUCUUUUGGCAAUACAUUUGCACAUCUGUGUCAGCAGCAAUGGGUCCAACUUUUACUAGCUGAUUGCUAAACGCAUUUAUUAGAAGGGGUGUCUGCAAACAUUUGGACAUAUAGUGUACUUGACACAUUUAUUUAUACAUAUUGUCGAUACUAGAUCAAAACCUUGUAUCUCCAAAUCUUUCAGUGGAAGUCAGUAGCUUGGUUCCGAUCUAAACAUUUUUGCAAAUGUUAUGCCUAGAUAUUUCCAUUCACUACAGUUAUUUGAAGAAACUAAACCUGCACUGCUUUGAGCAGAAUCAUCUUUACAGCCAUUUACUGUAAACAGUAGGGGUGUGCCAUAUCAUAUCAUAUAUAAUAUUGCCAGACUUUUUUAAUAUCUUUAUCAGAAAAAUACCCUGAAAUAUUGUGAUAUUAUUUUUGGAUUUUGGACUGUUCUCAUUUCCCCUUAAAUAAUAUCUACUAGAGACAGAUUAUAUCAGAUUGUAUCUGUCCAGUAUCAUUUAUUUUACUUAAAUCCUGGAUAUAUAGAGUGCAAUAUCAUAUCAUAUGCAGUAAUAUCAGCAAAUAAACUUUUUUCUUUUUUACAUCGCCAAAAAUAUUGCAAAAAUACCCUGAAAAAUUUUGAUAUAAUUUAUAGGGCCAUAUUGCCCACCAUUGUCACCAGGCAGGCCCACCUAACAAGGUAGGAACAAGGUAGAGCCACCCCUAUAAAGCUUACCAAACAUCUGGGAGUGCAAACAUAUGAGACAGUUCUAGGAGAGCCAGUUUAUAAAAAAAACACCCUUCUCCAUUAUUAUUUGCAUUUUUUGUAGAUUUUUGUUUUUAUUAUUAAGUGAUUUUAGAGCAUGUCUGUCAACAUAUUUUUUAUAAACUUUUUUCAACCAAUGUAAAGAAAAACUGCCAGUUUCAAAUUAUGUCAAAAAGUCAAAAAAGCAGACCUGGAGAUACAAUGUUUUAAUCUGGAUAAAAGACAGAUUUAAAAUGUGUAUAUGAUGGCAAUAUUACAUGAUUUUUACAAUCAACAGACAUCAUUUAUUAUUUAAAAUUUGUUUUGUUGUUUUCAAAAACAACUAAAAAACAAAUAUUUCCAACUUUAGGACAUGAAAUAGAAUGGAGCAAUAUGGACAUGGUUGUCUCGUGGUUUAAUUAUGCAAGAGGGCUCACUAAUGGCAUGUGAAACUUGAAUAAGAUCUGAAUAGGAUAACUGUUGUGUAUUCUGUAUGUAUUCUGUAGUGUCUGCCUAUCACUAUAUUACUGUAGUAAAGUAUUAUACUGUUUUUUUGUACCUGUUUAACUAAAAUUUAUGAUGUGCUGCUUGUUAAAGUUAUGAAAUUAUAUGUUUAAUUAUGUGAGUGUUGAUUUUACACACAGGGAAAUGGGCCUCAAUGGGUCUAAAUGAGUGUUUGUUGUUGCAUUUUGUUUACGCUGGUUAAUUGUGAUGGCUUUAUUGAGAUGUCACUCAUUUAUUCAUGUUUUAUAUUUUUGGUCACCAUAUUCAAGUCAUUAAAUCUGUUCACUUGAA